AUAAAGCUCUUAAAUUGAAUUGAGAGCGAGAGAGGGGCAGGGCGGAGAAUUGAGAGGAGCAAGCUCACUGCCAACUGUGGUAGCGCAAUAUGGAGUAAUCGCGUCCGUUCGACAACGACGGGAGUAGUUUACAAAGAAAAACCCGCGUUGGAUCGACAUUACAUUAGCAAGGAAUAAGAUAACAAUUUCAAUUAUGAGAUUACGGCAUUGCAUAUAGACAAUUGACUUGCAGAGACUAAAAUAGACGUUGCAAUUUCUAUGUAUUAUUGAAAAAUGGCGAACGAGUCUCCAGCUAAAAGUCUAGUGGACAUAGACCUUGCCUCUUUGCGGGACCCAGCUGGCAUUUUCGAACUGGUGGAAGUGGUCGGCAAUGGUACCUAUGGACAAGUAUACAAGGGCCGACAUGUCAAGACAGGACAACUGGCGGCCAUCAAGGUCAUGGACGUCACAGAGGAUGAAGAGGAGGAGAUUAAAUUGGAGAUUAAUAUGCUGAAGAAGUACUCCCACCACAGAAACAUAGCCACCUACUACGGAGCCUUCAUCAAGAAGAGCCCCCCAGGACACGACGACCAGCUAUGGCUGGUGAUGGAGUUCUGUGGCGCAGGCUCCAUCACAGACCUUGUGAAGAACACCAAGGGCAACACACUGAAGGAGGACUGGAUCGCCUACAUCUCUCGUGAGAUCCUCAGGGGGUUGGCUCACCUGCAUGCCCACCAUGUGAUCCACCGUGACAUCAAGGGCCAGAACGUGCUGCUGACUGAGAACGCAGAGGUCAAACUAGUGGACUUCGGUGUGAGCGCCCAGCUGGACCGGACCGUGGGUAGGAGGAACACCUUCAUUGGUACGCCCUAUUGGAUGGCGCCCGAGGUCAUCGCCUGCGACGAGAACCCAGACGCCACCUAUGACUACAGAAGUGACUUGUGGUCCACUGGAAUCACAGCUAUAGAGAUGGCUGAGGGAGCUCCUCCGCUGUGCGAUAUGCAUCCAAUGAGAGCUCUCUUCCUCAUCCCCAGAAACCCUCCUCCUCGACUCAAGUCAAAGAAAUGGUCUAAGAAGUUUUGCAGCUUCAUCGAGGGCUCCCUGGUGAAGAACUACACUCAGCGCCCCCCCACCGACCAGCUGCUGAAACACCCCUUUAUCAGAGACCAGCCCAACGAGAGGCAGGUCCGCAUCCAGCUCAAAGACCACAUUGACCGCACCAAGAAGAAGAGGGGGGAGAAGGAUGAGACCGAGUAUGAGUACAGCGGGAGUGAGGAAGAGGAGGAGGAAGCUCAGGAGCAGGAGGGGGAGCCCAGCUCCAUAGUGAACCAACCAGGGGAGUCAACCCUGCGUAGGGAUUUCAUCCGUCUGCAGCAAGAGAACAAGGAGCGCUCAGAGGCCCUGCGCAGACAGCAGCUCUUGCAGGAGCAGCAGCUCCGGGAGCAGGAGGAGUACAAGCGCCAACUACUGGCAGAGAGGCAGAAACGCAUCGAGCAGCAGAAGGAGCAGAGGAGGAGGCUGGAGGAGCAACAACGUCGUGAGCGGGAGAUGAGGAGGCAGCAGGAGCGCGAGCAGCGUCGCCGGGAGCAGGAUGACAAGAGGCGCAUGGAAGAGGUUGAACGCCGGCGUAAAGAGGAGGAGGAGCGCAGGAGAGCUGAGGAGGAGAAAAGGAGGGCUGACCGGGAGCAGGAGUACAUCCGUCGCCAGCUGGAGGAGGAGCAGAGGCACCUGGAGAUCCUGCAGCAGCAGCUGCUGCAUGAACAGGCCAUGCUACUGGUGAGACCGAACUCUGCUGAUGAGAGGUACCGUAAGAACAUCCAAGGUUCUCCUCAGGCCGCCCAGGUUAAGGUUCAGCCCCCGGUUCCUCCCCGCGCCGCCGAGACCAUCGCCAAUGGAAACACCCCCAUUGCUGUCCAGCCUGCAAUGCAAAGGCCCAUGGAACCCCAGGUCCAGUGGUCCCACCUGGCCGCUCCCCCCGUCGUCUCACGCUCCCAUUCCUUCAGUGAGCCCAUCGUCCCUAGCUUUGCACACCUCAACCUGUGCUCUCAGGAGCAACACCAUCACCCUGCACCAUCAUCACCCGCACGCACUGACCCGCAGUCCUACCCCCAGCCCAAGGCCCUGCCCCUUGACAAGGCCCCCACAGACGACACCCCUCCCAGGGUUCCUGUGAGGACAACGUCCAGGUCUCCAGUACUGUCACGCAGGGACUCUCCUCUACAUGGCAACUCCAAUGCCACGCCUAACAACCCGGCGGGCCAGAGGAACGCCUGCAGUGCUGCAGCAGAGCCGCGUCUGCUGUGGGAGCGGGUGGAGAAACUGGUUCCCAGGCCAACGAGUGGCAGUGGUAGUACUUGUAGCUCCUCCGGCUCCAGUAACUCCAGCUCCCAGCCCAGCUCUCACAGUGGCUCAGGGGAGAGGUUCAGAGCCCGCUCCUCAUCAAAGUCUGAGGGUUCUCCCCUCCAGCAUCCAGAGCAUGCUGGGAAAAAACCUGAGGAGAGGAAGGAGUCUGUCAGAACUAACCGACUGGCGGACCUGACCGCGCUGGCCAAAGAGCUGCGUGUGGUGGAGGACGUGCAACGCCCCCACAAGGUGACAGACUACUCGUCAUCUAGUGAGGAGUCGGGGACCACGGAUGAGGAUGAGGAUGAUGAAGAGGUAGACCAGGAGGGAGGAGAGGAGUCUACCUCAGGACCAGAGGAUUCUCACGCUGUCUCCUCCAGACUAAGCAACGGAGAGAUGGAAUCGGUGAAGACCUUGAUCGUUCACGUCGAGGGCGAGAGUGAUUCUAAAACCACACCAUGUAAAGAUGACACUCUGAUCGUCAGACCGAGUACAGGUGACAACAAAAAGCGACCUGCCCCCAGCCCUGGUCAUGGCCCUGUCCCUGGGUUUAACACCAGCCCCGGGCUGAUUCACCCUGGUCUCCAAGGCCACCCUGGUCUCCAAGGCCACCCUGGUCUCCAAGGCCACCAGGAGAAAAAUGGCUUUGUGGGCCGCAUUCACCUCCUGCCUGACCUGAUCCAGCAGAGCCACCACUCCUCCUCUGCCUCCUCCUCUCCCUCCUCCUCCAGCAUGGCGAGCCCCACCAUGUCCAUGUCCCCCCAGAGCCCCCUGGACAAGCUCAGCAUACUCCUGGAGAGUCAUUCUGUCAGCAACACAAUGCAGAAACACAAGUCCUCCUCCUCCUUCACUCCUUUUAUCGAUCCACGCCUCCUCCAGGUCUCUACAUCCGGCGCAGCUCUCAACAACCUGGCUUUUGGGAACGACGCCAGGCUGGCGGAGGCACUGAGGGCGGACCCGUCACGUAAAGGCUCCGUGGUCAAUGUGAACCCUGUCAACACACGGCCGCAGAGUGACACCCCAGAGAUCCGCAAGUACAAGAAGAGGUUCAACUCUGAGAUCCUGUGUGCUGCGCUAUGGGGAGUGAACCUGCUGGUGGGGACAGAGAGUGGUCUGAUGCUGCUGGAUCGUAGCGGUCAGGGGAAGGUGUAUCCCCUCAUCAGCCGACGCCGCUUCCAACAAAUGGAUGUCCUAGAGGGACUCAACGUCCUGGUUACUAUAUCAGGCAAGAAGAACAAGUUGCGUGUGUACUAUCUGUCCUGGUUGAGGAACAAGAUCCUGCACAACGACCCUGAGGUGGAGAAGAAGCAGGGCUGGGUCACUGUGGGUGACCUGGAGGGUGCUGUUCACUACAAAGUUGUGAAAUACGAGAGGAUCAAGUUUUUGGUUUUGGCCCUGAAGAACUCGGUGGAGGUCUAUGCAUGGGCACCGAAACCCUACCACAAGUUCAUGGCUUUCAAGUCGUUUGGUGACCUGGUGCACAAGCCCCUGCUGGUUGACCUGACGGUGGAGGAGGGUCAGAGGUUAAAGGUAAUCUAUGGCUCCAGUAACGGAUUUCAUGCUGUGGACGUGGACUCAGGGGCCGUCUACGACAUCUACCUGCCCACCCAUAUCCAGACCAGUAUCCAGUCCCAUGCCAUCAUCAUCCUGCCCAACACGGAUGGCAUUGAGCUGCUGGUGUGUUACGAGGACGAGGGUGUCUAUGUCAACACCUACGGACGCAUCACCAAGGACGUGGUGCUGCAGUGGGGCGAGAUGCCCACUUCUGUGGCCUAUAUCCGUUCUAACCAGAUAAUGGGCUGGGGGGAGAAAGCCAUAGAGAUCAGAUCUGUGGAGACUGGACAUCUCGACGGAGUCUUCAUGCACAAGAGAGCCCAGAGACUCAAGUUCCUGUGUGAGAGGAACGACAAGGUGUUCUUUGCCUCUGUGCGAUCCGGAGGAGCCAGCCAGGUGUACUUUAUGACCCUGGGGCGCACCUCUCUGCUCAGCUGGUAGAGAGACUACACCCCCUCUACACUGGAAACCAACCAACCACGUUUUACCCGACGUUCAACGAUGCCAUCGGUCAAAAGCCAACCACCUCUGACAUAAUCAUGACCUUCGACCCGGGGCAUCGUGCUAUAUUGAGGAUACACAACAUCUUGUUUUUUUUUCUCACCUUUAUUUAACCAGGUAGGCAAGUUGAGAACAAGUUCUCAUUUACAAUUGCGACCUGGCAGAUGACGUCGCCCCAGCCGUGAAUACCAGAUAUGAGAAUUGUAAAAAAAAAAAAAAAAAAAAAAAAAAAUGAAGUCAAUUGAUUAUAAAUCAAAUAAAAAAAAUGUGAAGAAAGGGGGUGAACAGUUUGUCCCACUUUGGUGCUCAACAGGUUGUGGACACACGUCUGUGCGGGGCCGUUGCCCUGAAGGCAUGUGUGUGCGUGCGUGUGCGUGCGUGUGUGUGUGUCGUUCCUAGUUCCCGACUGUGGUAUGGGCUUGAAGUCUACUACUAACUACCUUGUGCAUCUUCUGCUCGUACUUCAGGAGUCCCCCUCCCCUUCCUUUCCUUAGCGAAGGAGGGGCAGGUGGCGGAGCAUACAGUGUUAAUGCUACAGUAGUGUAUGUCAAUGUCUUUCUGUUUGGUCCAAUGAUUGCUGACUGCGGGGGGGGGGGGGGGGUUGAAGCUGUCAGUCGGGGAGGAGGUGGGAAUAAAGAAGCUGUGCAAGGGAGCCAAUUGGUUCUAGGCUCAAUGCUGUCAUGACACAGUGUGUGGGAUGGGCCUAUGCAUUUUACCGUAGGUCUGUUAUCUGAGAGGGCUGGAGUGUGUUGAUAGUUAGGACAGCUACUGUAUUUUAAUGUGUAAGUUCAUGUAAAAACAUUUGAACCAGAUGGACUUUGAAAUAGUGUUUUUUAUUUUAUUAUGAUUCCCUAAAAAAAAGUAAGUAUUUGGAGUUAAUAUUUAUUUGACCUUGGUUUUAAAAAUCACAAUGCACAUAGCCUCCAGUUUUUUUUGCUUUUAUUUCAACCCACAACACAUUCAAAUGCUUUGAGUCAGAGAGUGGGUGGGUAAAACAUUUAAAUAGUAUCUAUGUAUAAUAAAUAUGAAUUUAAUAUCAUUCAUAGUUUCAAUUGUCAUGUUAGUGGAAUCCUCAGUCCAACAUGACGCUGUGAUCCGGCUUGUACCAUCAGAGUCCAGGAUGGAGGACAUGGUCCUGAUGUGAAUAGACAGAUAUAAUAAAAGAGAGUGGAGGAGAAGGUUCAGGUCAUAUACAGUAUGUGUGUGGUAGUAAAGGGGCCAAUAGAUGAGAGAGGAGGGGUGUCAAUGUAAGUUUUUGUAGCAGAAAGGUUACACAUGGUCAGCAAACCUCAAUGGACUCAUAGACUGUGGAUGGAAAUAAUGGUGGUGUUUUAUUGUUGUUUUUCAUUAGUAUCUUUUUAUGAAUGCAAUGCACUAAGUGUCAAGAAUGUAGAAAGAAAUAUACUGUGUGGUGGUCAAAGGCAUGAGAAUUUUAUUUUUGUUCCUUGUCACAAGUGAUCAAUUUCAAGUUGACACAAGUGAAUAUUAAACAAUGGAGGCUCUAAGGAAGAUGUCGGUUUUUAGGGCAAUUCUGAAUCGUUUCUGAGACUAGGUUGUGACUCCUUUCACAAACUCAAUGUUUUAAAGUGAAUCGGGGCUUAAGCGUUAACAGCUCUGAGUUGAGAAGUUGCUAGGCUACAGUAGUUUCCUGUUGGGCCAGUUUGCUCACAGUAAUUAAUCAACCUGAUGCGCUAACAGGGCUUUAGACCUCAGUGUUUAACUCUAAAAAACAUUGUCAGGCUCAAUAAAGAAGUCUUGAGCUCUACUUCUUGUCCUUCUCGUGUGAUGUGUCAGCUUGUUAAUGGAAGGCAAAUCAAAAGAACUGUUUCAAAUCAGAGCAGAGCAGAGCAUGGGUGACAUCUGUGAUUCUACAGCUCUCUGAAGGUGUUCACCACAGAAACCCACUUUGGGAAGAUUCUUUUUUGUUGUUGUUCACUGUUAAAGGGUAUAGUCUGUACAUCUGAAGACUAUUCAAUACACUGCAAUAUUCCCUGCCACGGCUCUCUCACGACAGGGUAUGUGACCUGCCUAAACCAUGGUGACAAACAACAUGAAGAUUAUUUUCCUGAGUAGGAUUACCCUACUUUUCCCAAGGAACACAACUGUGGUUUAAUGGUGAUGAUGGAUAAAAGCUAUUUCACCCAAGGGGACAGAUUCUCUACCCUAACUUGUGUGUCAGACUCCAUAGUGGGUCAAUCACUCUCUGAGUUGAGUCUUUCUCCUACUAACAGUCAUGCCAUUCAUUGUGUGCAGAGCUGUGGGAAAGGCACUGCAAAUUAUACAUCACAGAAUUGUUUCACUUGUCAAUUGUUUUUUACAUCAAGGCCUUCAUGAGUGGCAAAAGUGAGUUUAUUAAGGUUAUGGUUAUUGAUAUUCUAUUAAUGGAAAGACGGACAACAAUUUCUUCGCAAUCUGAAAAGCAGUCACUUGCUGAUUUUAUGUUUUAUAAAAGUGCCAAUAUGGCAACAUUAAAAGUGUAAAAAGAAUGACGAAACCACUAUGUUGAUAAAUAUACUUUUUUAAGAUCUCACUUGAAGCAUUAAGUUUUAGACUUAGUUAAGAAGCUUAACAAUAGUUUAUGUACUUUGCAGUGGUUGAAUAUUAUAACGCUCAUGUUAGGUUGAGAAAAUGGCAAUGUUUACAGAGGCAAUGUUUUGUUACACUAAUGUGUAUCAUGAUAUUAGUUUUUUUUGCUUGUUUUAUAUUGAACAUGAUUUAUCAAUAAUCCUAAAUUAUGCCUUUUUUUUGUUUUUUUUCUCAAACAACUCAAAACACAAAGAAUACACAUGCAACAUUUGUUUUUCCAGAUGAUCCCAUAACGUCGUUCUCAGCAUUGUGGGGACAUUGUAGUGACAAAGUCCAUUCCUUGCAGGCUUGGAUGUCAGUCAGGAUUGGGUGUUUUUUCUCCAGUGUUUCUUCCAUGCUACUCUAACUUAUGUGCUUUCUGUGUAUGACAGGAAGUCUUGUAUUUUCCUGAAGGUCUUUUCUCUUUGAAUAAACUCUACAGUAAAUCUUUAAA